AUUAUCCAUGUCAUGUCCUAUCUAGAGUCACGUAGUUUCUCUGUUAUUUUUAGGAAAAUAAACAAUCUAUCCACCCUCGUUGAGAAGGGUUGGUUUUUAAUGUAUAGAAUUGAAUGACUUGUAUCUACUCCAUGGAUUCUUGAUGCUAGUAAUUCAAAACCCAUGUAUUCAACACAUUCUCUUUUAUUCCAAGGGAAGGAAUCAGCCUUGCUGACUUGCUUGCUCGGAAGGACUGGUUCUUAAUGUGUGGAAAUGAAGAGCCUUUAGCCAUUCCAUGGAUUCUUGAAGCUUUUAGUUCUGAACCUAUACGUUCGACAGAUUCUCAUGAAUAAAUUUUUUAUUGUUAAAAAAGAGAAAAAAAUGGAGCCAACCUGGUACUACCAAAACCCAAAAAAGGAUUUUUGUUGACUAUUGACUAUAUCAAUGUGUUAUUAUUUUUCUAUAGACUUUGUCUACGUUUGAUAGAUGAUUGAUUUGAUAGGAUGAUGACAUUAGUGGUAAGGUAAACAAGAUCAGCCCAUAAGAGAAGGUGAAGUCUUUCCUAAGAGAAUGAAAUGCCUAAUUUCGAUUGAGAAUUUCAAGCUUAAAGCGUGUUGAUAGUAUUUAAUUUCUAUCGAUCAGCACAAAAAUCUUCGGCCAGGUCCUCCCAAUCGUUAGAUCCUCAUUAUUCAUUGCAAAGGAUUCGAGUCCCACCAACCAUGAUGGAUGAUGAAAGAGUAUACAACCAAACACACCACUCCCAACGAUGAAAAAUCCUAAAUACAUCCUUUAAAACGCUUCUCCACCUCCAAAUUAAGCAGAGUUCAUUCAUCUUCAAGUGAUCAAUGGCUUAUACACCAUUAUUCAUGAUUUUCAUCUCUUGCAUGCUCUUCUUGCUCCAACUAUUGCCCACCAUCACUGCCGAAUACAUUGCGUCCAACUGUACUUAUAAUUCAUCAGUUACAAAUAGCAUCACAUACCUAGCCAACCUCGACAGCCUCCUCCUUUGUCUAUCCUCUAAUGCUAAUGCUACCUCCGGUACCGGAUUCUAUAACGAUACCGCCGGUAAUGGUUCAGAUAAAGUCUAUGGUCUCUACCUAUGUAGAGGCGAUCUCACACUCGAAGAAUGCCAAACUUGCGUGAAGAAGGCUAGUGUAGAGAUCAAAUCAAAUUGUCCCAACACGACCGCCGCGGUAACUUGGUACGAUGAUUGUAUGUUGAGGUACACAAACGUAUCCUUCUUCUCAACAUUGCAACAAGAACCAUUCCGGUAUGGUGCUGCUCCAAAUGAUGUCACCAAGGUGGAUCAGUAUAAUCAGACAGUGGGAGAAUUGAUGAAUGGGCUUAUGAAUCAAGCUGUUGAUGGUUCUACUUCUACUACUCCCAAGUACUAUGCAGCAGGUGCAGUGACUUACUAUACAAAGAUUGAUACUGUGUAUGGAUUAGUGCAGUGCACCCCUGAUAUAACUCAGGAUGAUUGCAAAAAUUGCCUAACUGGGAGUAUUAGUAUUGACCUUCUAAGGUUAAUCUAUCCAAAACGAGGUGGGAAAAUUCUUAAACCAAGUUGCAAUAUAAGGUUCGAGUUCAAUUAUCCAUUCUAUCAUGACAAAGUUACAUCAACAGUCACAGAUGGUAAUGGUGAAAGGAGAAAUUCAAGAGAAGUUAUCAUUGUCAUCAUUGUUGUUGUUGUUAUUGUUGCGACAUUUAUUACAAUCAUUAUAAUCUCCAACCUCUAUCUACGUGUUCGAAGGAAGAAGCAGAAGCAGAAGCAGAAGCUCAGAGUUGAAGAUGAAGAUGAUCAGAUUGAGAUUUCAAGUGUGGACCCUAUACAAUUCAACUUUGAUACAAUAAGAUCUGCCACAAACAACUUCUCUGACGCAAAUAAGCUCGGUCAAGGAGGAUUUGGAGCUGUUUACAAGAUCCUAUUGAACGCUCAAAAUUGGUUUGGGAAGAACGUUACAAAAUCAUUGAAGGGAUUGCUCGUGGGCUUCUUUAUCUUCAUGAAGAUUCACGACUGAAAAUUAUUCAUCGAGAUCUAAAAGCCAGCAAUAUUUUGUUAGAUGAGGAAAUGAAUCCAAAAAUUGCAGAUUUUGGCAUGGCAAGGCUCUUUGUAGUUGACCAAUCUCGUGUCAACACUAAUAGGGUUGUUGG